AUGUACAUUAAGGGAAUUGAAGAACCUCUGAUAACCCGACUUUUUGCAAUUAUGCUGACGGGAGCAACUCAAACAUGGUUUUCAUCUUUACCGGCGGUAUCCAUCAUAUCUUUUGAAGAGUUCGGAGGUAGAUUCUUGCUAAAUUUUGCUACUAGCAAAAAACAGCCAAAGUUAGAAUUCGCUCUAGGAAAAAUAAAACAACAACCUGGGGAAACAUUGCAGAAGCUGGCUAAAUCUGUAUACAAAGACCCAGUCCGGAUUUUAGUGGAGUUUACAACUCGGUCAAAUAAGUACUUGGAGCUCGAACAAAUGGAAAUUGAAAAUACAGACCAACGACAACACCUCGACCAAUUGGAGAAGCUCGAAAACCGGAAGCAAAGUGAUUUCCGAGGUAAAAGACUAGAUGAUAAAAUUUCGGUGAAGGGGAGAUUUGACAGGUAUGCACCUUUAAAUUCAUCCAGGCCACAAAUCUGGAGGGAAGUAGCAUCCACGGAAAUGAAGAGAGUAAAUAGGCCUCGGCCAUUACUGAAUCCAGCCGGGCUUGACCAAUCUCGAUAUUGUGCAUUUCAUGAUGGCCCUGGUCACACUACUGAUGAAUGUUGGGAUCUUAGAGACGCAAUUGAAAAAUAUAUCAGAGACGGGAAGCUGCGUCAAUAUUUAAUACGAACUCAAGGAUGGAGAAACAAGAAGAGAAGAGGAGGGCGGCAUAUGAGCCCGCCACGAGAAAAGAGACUCAAAGAAGAGAACUGA